AUGGCGAGCACAGAGUCCCAAAUCCGAUCCCUCCCUGUGGAGGACCUCUAUUCGCGGUGGGGAGCUGGCUACAACCAAGGUCGCGUCAACAAUCUCCAGGGUCUCGACGAUGUUCAGCUCGAGACGUUUCUACCGAAGUACAUCUCGCUAUUGAAAAGUGCCUUCCCCGAGCCUCUCAGAGUGGUCGACUUCGGCUGUGGCACCGGACGCAACACCUUCAAGUUAGCGACCGUGCUACCUGGCUCCGAGAUUGUCGGUCUCGACGCGACAAAGAGUCUUCUAGAUGUCGCUGAAAAGCAGUCACAGGAUCUAUUCGCCACCACUCCAGCCGAACGCAGGGCCAAGACUGUAUCUUUCGAGGUUUAUAACCCGCUAAAAGAGGGUUCCCGAAUCCCACCUUCCGCUGAACAAGCCCGGGGAAUCAUCUGUACGCUGGUGCUUGUGCACUUGGAGUUGCCUGGAUUCUUCAAGAUGUGUGACGACAUGCUCGUUCCAGGUGGAUACUUGCUCAUCACCAAUACACACUCGGACCUGGCGAAGAUAUCGCACGGCAGCUUUCUAGACCCCGAGACCGGGGAACGUCUCUGGAGCGACGAUCACAUACACACCAUUGAUGACGUGAAGGAUGAGGGAGGGAAAUGGGGAUUCGAGUUAUUGGAGAUACAGGAGGGUAUCCCGGAAGACCCAAACAUGGUUGGAGCAAUGCGUGGACACUGGGAGGGCGUUAAAUGUUGGGCUGGCUUCAUCUUACGGAAGUCACCAAAAACACUGUAA